AUGGAUAAAUGUGAGGACAGAGAGGAGGGAGUCCCUCCCUGUAAAACCACUCUGUGUGGGGAACAUGAGAGCCAGACCAAAACUCAGAGGAAGCAACCUGGACCUCCAGCCAGCUGUGUGACCUUAGAGAGUGACUGGUCUGAAGAUCGCCCCAUUAACUUUACAGGACACCAAUCAUCUGCAGCAGACAGUGAUUCCUUCAGAGAUUCCACCAGGAAAACUCAAAAGGUUCCCAGUGGUUGGUCUGCACAGGAACACCAAACACACCUGGACUCCAUAUUUAUUCUUCUGGAGGACAAAAUCAUCACUUUUGUGAAGACUGAGCUGAAGAAGAUCCAGAAGAUUUUGAGUCCAGCUUGCCCAGAAUGGUCAGAGAGACAGAUGGACGAUGAGGAUGUGUUGACGAGGAGCAGCAGAGAGGCGUUUCUAAAAAUCACACUGAACUUCCUGAGGAAAAUGAAGCAGGUGGACCUGGUUGACCUACUGCAGGGAUCGCCUAUUGGAGCUUUUCAAAGUCAUAUAAAGUCUGUUUUGAAGAAGAAGUUCCAGUGUGUGUUUGAGGGGAUUGCUAAAGCAGGAAAUCCAACCCUUCUGAAUCAGAUCUACACAGAGCUCUACAUCACAGAGGGAGGGACUGCAGAGGUCAAUGAUGAACAUGAGGUCAGACAGAUUGAAUUGGCAUCCAGGAAACCAGACAGACCAGAAACAACAAUCAGACAAGAAGACAUCUUUAAAGCCUCACCUGGAAGAAAUGAACCAAUCAGAACAGUCCUGACAAAGGGAGUGGCUGGCAUUGGGAAAACAGUCUUAACACAGAAGUUCACUCUUGACUGGGCUGAAGACAAAGGCAACCAGGACAUCCAGUUCAUAUUUCCAUUCACUUUCAGAGAGCUGAAUGUGCUGAAAGAGAAAAAGUUCAGCUUGGUGGAACUUGUUCAUCACUUCUUUACUGAAACCAAAGAAGCAGGAAUCUGUAGCUUUGAAAACUUCCAGCUUGUGUUCAUCUUUGAUGGUCUGGAUGAGUGUCGACUUCCUCUGGACUUCCACAAAACUAAAAUCUUAACUGACCCUAGAAAGUCCACCUCAGUGGAUGUGCUGUUGAUAAACCUCAUCAGGGGGAACCUUCUACCUUCUGCUCACCUCUGGAUAACCACACGACCUGCAGCAGCCAAUCAGAUUCCUCCUGGGUCUGUUGACAUGGUGACAGAGCUCAGAGGGUUCACUGACCCACAGAAGGAGGAGUACUUCAGAAAGAGAUUUAGAGAUGAAGAGCAGGCCAGCAGGAUCAUCUCCCACAUCAAGACAUCACGAAGUCUCCACAUCAUGUGCCACAUCCCAGUCUUCUGUUGGAUCACUGCUACAGUUCUGGAGGAUUUGCUGAAAACCAGAGAGGGAGGCAAGCUUCCCAUGACCCUGACUGAGAUGUACAUUAAUUUCCUGGUGAUUCAGGGCAAAGUGAAGAAGGUCAAGUUUGAUGGAGGAGCUCACAUGGAUCCACACUGGAGUCCAGAGAGCAGGAAGAUGAUUGAGUCUCUGGCAAAACUGGCUUUUGAUCAGCUGCAGAAAGGAAACCUGAUCUUCUAUGAAUCAGACCUGACAGAGUGUGACAUCGAUAUCGAAGUAGCCUCAGUGUACUCAGGAGUGCUCACACAGAUCUUUAAAGAGGAGAGAGGACUGUACCAGGACAAGGUGUUCUGCUUCAUCCAUCUGAGUGUUCAGGAGUUUCUGGCUGCUCUUCAUGUCCAUCUGACCUUCAUCAAUUCUGGACUCAACUUGCUGGAAGAACAACAGGAAACCCCCCAGAAGUCUGAAACAAGAGAAUCUGCAGCAGCAUACUUCUACCAUUGUGCUGUGGACAAGUCAUUACUGAGUCUAAAAGGACACCUGGACCUGUUCCUCCGCUUCCUCCUGGGUCUUUCGCAGCAGACCAAUCAGCAUCCCCUGCAAGGCCUGCUGACAAAGAGAGAAAGUAUCUCACAGACCAGUCAGGAAAUAGUGCAGUAUAUUGAGAAAAAACUCAGUGAGAAUCUGUCUACAGAAAAAAGCAUUAAUCUGUUCCACUGUCUGAAUGAACUGAAUGAUCGUUCUCUAGUGGGGAAGAUCCAACAGUCGCUGAGUUCAGGUAGUCUUUCCACAGAUAAACUGUCUCCUGCUCAGUGGUCAGCUCUGGUCUUCAUCCUACUAUCAUCUGAAAAAGAUCUGGAUGUGUUUGACUUGAAGAAAUUCUCUGCUUCAGAGGAGGCUCUUCUGAGGUUGCUGCCAGUGGUCAGAGCCUCCAACAAAUCUCUAUUGACUGUCUAUAACCUCUCCGAAAUAGGAUGGAAAUCUCUGUCCUCAGUUCUCAGCUCACAGUCAUCUAGUUUGAGAGAACUGGACCUGAGUAUCAAUGGCCUUGAGGAUUCAGGAUUGGACCUUCUGUCUGACGGACUGGAGAAUCCACACUGUAAAUUGAAAACUCUCAGGUUAGAUAAAACUGAGUGUCUGUAG